AUGGUUACUGGACCAAAUGGAUUCUCUAGGCAAGAGGAGAUUACGUACCAGAAUAAGAAGAAUCACAGUUAUGUCUUGCAUGCCCCGGUGUCUGGGUUAUAUCACCUGAUGCUGAAGGCCCAGUCUAACAAGGUUAACUCCUCAAACUCUCUGACAUAUGAUGUAGAGCUGUCUCCUUCUCCACUCAAGGUCUCAAAAGAGUCGAAAACAUCACGGAGUUUUGAGCUGAUGUGGGAAAGGAACGACACCAAUAUAAAGAAUUUCCGCCUGCUAGUGUUCAAGGAAAAUGACUGUUUGAAAGAGGUUCAUUUUGAAGAACAGGAUGCAAUGGAACAAGCACAAGGGUCUUGUGGAAGUGUGGGUCGUGAGAAAUUUGGGAAAAAACAGGUGAACUUCAUGUACAAUGUCACAGACUUGUUCCCUUACAUUGAGUAUACACUGAAGCUGUAUCUGAAAUCUGAAGGUGUAGGUGAGAAUCCUGAUCCGGCUACGCUGACCGUCAGAACGAAUCCUGAGGUGCCAUCUAAAAUAAAAAGCAUAAAUGUGACAGUGGAAGGAGCUAAGAAUGUGAGUGUAUGUUGGAGUCGGCCAGAGCCUUUCCCUGGUCCUACAGGCUACACACUGACUCUGAUGGAUUUGGGAGAGAAAUCACAGAAAGAAAGAGGGCAAGUUAUCGCUGGUUUUUUUAGCACAUGUGAGACCAUUGACGAUUUAGAAGAAUUUUGGCUGUACAAAGUUAGAGUGAUGGCUUCAACAGAGGCUGGAAAUGGUCCACCCACAUAUACAACUGAAUUUAGAACACUGGAAGCAGCUCCAGGUAAAGUGACCCAGCUGGAAAUCAGACAAAUACAGGAUACGUAUCACAGCCUGAAUGUUACAUGGAAGGCUCCGCUACUGAGAGACAGAAACGCCAACAUCACUAACUUUACUCUGACCUACAAGCUGUCUGGAAUGCAAUAUGAUAAUGAGACGGUAUUCACCCUUCCCUGGUCACCAUCCAGGGAAGCACGUUACGCACAAACAGUGUCUGUUGAACCUGAGAAGAAUUAUACCUAUGAAAUAUCUGCAGGGAGUGCGUGUUGCCAAGGUGAAGUGUUGACAGAAAUACACUACUCUCCUGCUGGAAAUCCACCACAACCGACCGGCUGUGUGAUAGGCUGCUCUGACACCAAACCCUCCUUGUCUGAACCAGAGAGUGCCAGGUCCUUCUCUCUCACAAUCACAACAGAUUUCUUCUCAAAUGAUACCAAUGGAAAAAUCACAGACUAUGGCCUUGUGGUUGAUGCAGUGCAAAGCAAUGAAUCUACAGUCUCCAGCACAGUGGCUAAUAUGAAAGCUGACCAUUUUAUAGAGUUUAACAACUGGUACAAAGCCAACGAAGAUAAUUUCCAAAUUCCCUACAGAGCUACCCCUUUAGGCUGGUCUUUUCAGACAGUUGGUGGUAGUCGAUCUAAGAGGGAAGCAGCUAUUACAUUAACUGUGGGAGAAGACACAAACUGUAGUACAAAAGGUGUGGACAGUUUCUGUAACGGUCCCCUGCUUCCAGGCAUGGAUUGCAGAGUGAAAGCCUUUUCCUGUACUGCAGGGGGAUGCACUGAGACGAAGUAUGUUGGGGGAUAUAGAACCAAAGAGGAAAAGGAUUACAAGACAAUAACCAUUGCUGUCAGCGUGUCAUGUGGCCUGGCGAUAAUCAUUCUUCUCGCCGUUAUUGUUGUGAUCACAGUGCGAUCUAAACAUCAGAAGAAACAAAAGGACACGCGUCGUCAUGAGAGGCCUAGGGCUGAAGACUUGAAUAUGGAUCCUUAUGAGACAAUGAAACCAGUAAGACAGUUGUUGUUAUAGUAAUGCUUUGAUGGCCUAUCUUAUGUUGUUACCAGAACUAUCUUAUGUAAUAUAUUUAAGAUGCUGUUCUUUUCGUUUUGAAGGAUAAUUUAAAUAUUGGUUAUUGGUUAGGGGAAAGUGGGGCAAGAUGGGAGACUUAACUUCACGUACUUGUGUGUAGCUAAAUUUGAAAGCAGCUGUGUAAGAACAGAGAAUUUGUGAGGAACGGACACGAUAUCAGUCAUUUAUUGAUAGCUGUAGUUUUGUACGCGUGGACAAUUCCGACAUAAAAUAAAAUUUUGGUCUGUCCCUUUUUGCCCAAACGUAUGAAUUAAGGAAUCAACACGUGUUUCAGCACAACAAACAAAUUUUGGUAUUUGUAUUGACACUUGUAACAACGCACACCGUUAAAAAUAUCAUGGUAUUGUUUCCAGUUUAAUUGAUUAGUUACACAGUUC